CGCACUUUACAUAUUUUAUGGAAUAUUAGCUAAGUAUAUUUGCAGGUUGGACUUGUUCUUAUAGAGAGCUAGCCGAUAUUUUUUUUCGUUGCCUUGUCCAGCGAUGACGCUUCAUUAUGCACCAACAACACCUGAAGAAGAAGAAUUGGCUCUUGCACUGGCGUUGUCGGCAUCGUUGAGUUCGGCCCCAGGUAUCUUGAUGCAAGCGCCCUCCCAGUCCCAGUCUCAGUCCCAGCAGCAACAGCACUCGCAAAGCCACGCCCACCCCCACGCCCAGCAACUACCCCACCUCCCUCCCAUCGUGCCGCCGGCAAUUCCUAGGAGUAAGAGCGCCGCCGGGCCCAGUGGCAUGUUCGGGGCAGCCGGCGGCAGCGGCGGCGGCACCAGCAGCGGAUCUGGCAGCGGCGGCGGCAGUGGGAGAGGCAGCGGCGGCGGUCCCGGGGUCCCAUCCGCGAGCAGCAAUAGCGGCAGCGGCGCCGCCGCCGCCGGUGCUGGGUCGUCGUCCCAGCCGUCAACAGCUCGCUCGUCCAUGCAGCUGCACUCCGACCCCGAGGCGUGUGCGGGCUGCGGUCGCGGCUUUGGGUUGUUCACCGCCAGCUGGGUGACCGGCAUGGGCCGGAAGUGGCACCCGGGCUGCUUCAAAUGCGGCCUUUGCCAGGAGGCCAUCAGCAACGGCCGAGGCGCGUACUCCUACCAGAUGCACCCCGGGGACCCCCUGCCGUACCACCCCGACUGCUACCGCCACGUGCACCACCCGUUGUGCCACGUGUGCGGCAGCUACGUCGCCGCCAGCCCCGACGGCGUCAUUUCCUAUCGGGAGAACGGCUUCUGGCGGGAGAGGUACUGCACUACGCACGCGGAGGCGGCACUGACGCGGUGCUGUGCCUGCUCCAGACUGCAGAAGCAGGCGCAGUGCCUGUCCUCCGUGGUGUUGGACACGCCGGAUGCCCAGCCGCUGUACGACGAGGUGCUAGCCUUCUACGCGCGGGAGAUGAACUUACCGCACGCUUACAAGCCGCCGCUGCUGCUGGUGGAUGGCCCCACACUCAACAGCCACGCGGAGGCGGAGGGUCGCGAUGACUCGGGGGGUGCCCCGGUCUUUCACGUGCGGGGGCUGUGUGUGGCACACGUGUAUAGCCACAUCGCCUCCAUCCGACGCGACGUGGGCGGUACAGUUCGCUCCGUCGCCACGGAACUCCUCAACCUAACCUCAUCAUCAGCAGCAGCAGGGGGAGGAGGAGGAGGCCGUAGCCGUGUGCACUGCCACGUCAAGGUGCUGCUACUGCUGUACGGCCUGCCGCGACUGCUGUCCGGUAGCAUUAUGGCGCACGAGCUGAUGCACGCCUGGCUGCGAAUGGAGGGGGUAGUGGGUCUGUCCGCCAAGGUGGAGGAGGGGCUGUGUCAGCUGAUGGCGUGUUUGUGGCUGGACCGCCAACACGAACUGCUCAAGGGGAAACAGGAGGAGCAGCGACUGGCGAGUUUCUUCUCGUACCAGAUCCGUACGGACACCAGCGAGGUGUACGGCGACGGCUUCCGAGAAGCCAUGGAGGCGUUUCAGUCCAUCGGCUUCGCCGCGGUGAUACAGAACGUGAAGCGAUACGGGCGGUUUAUGUAA